CUUACUCAGCGUCAUCACCCAGUAUAUCUCCUAGUAGCGCGUGAAGAUGGAUGACGACUACUAUUCUAUCGAGUCCAUUCUGGCUGAGAACCAGAAGAUCCAAUGCACGUUCAAAGUCGAUGUCCCCGACAUGGGUCAUCUUGACGGCGGCAAAGCUGGAGAUAUAAAAGCACUGAGCAAAGUGCAAAUCCCGCUGUGGAUGGCCUACAUUCUCAUCUACUCAGAUCACGCAGACUUCACGAUCCCACCACCAUUCGCCGCACGCGUCCGAAACGCGCUCAAUGCUGAACCACGAAGCGUGCGGUUAUCUGCUCUCGUCGGGCAAGGAGGCUGGUGGUAUGGAUUUGGCCGGAUGAUCAUGCGCUUAUUGAACGAUGUGCCCGCACAAGAGAUCUCCGAGGUCCUGACCAAGACCUUCCGCGCUCGCCUCCCAGAAGUCGUCGACCAAGCGCAACACUUCGCCUCUCUUCAGUCGGGCGCGGGGACCUCCCGAGGCGACGCUGGUGCAGCGGCCUUCCGCGAGGGCAUGGACGGAACUGAGCGAGAACUGUUCCAACUAGCGCAAGAGAGUGCGAGGAAGACCAAGGGGUGGUACGAGACGAGCGAGCGGGGUAGGAGGUGAGUAUAUUGGGAAGGAUUCCUCGAUGGGUGGGGGAUGUAGGAUAUAAUCCGCGUAUGACAUUGGAUGACCCGACACCUUGACGAUGGUGUAUUAAAGUAAAAGGCCCCGCGUAUCAUUCGUCCUUAAGUUUAGGUUCCGGUUGAGAGCCCCCGUCCGCGCCUAGUAUUUGGUCCUACGAUGGAGC